AUGGCUAUGGGACCUCACAUAGUGAUCAAAGCGGUUCUAGUGCUCUUAGUCUUAACCUUAUGGAGCGUCAAGGCCACCACAGUUGAGGCCGAAGUUGCCGAGGACAAAAGAAGUCGUGCAGGCAGUUGGGCACGGCGGGGAUCCAGAAGAGGCCGUUGCAGAAGCAGUCCUCCAAGAACCGGAGCCGGAAUCAACUGCGACCCUUUGUAUGAUUUCCUUUUCGAUGUCUGCGGCCAAUGGCCUUUUCCCACCGCGCCCGACUCCCCCGACAACCCAUUCGCCUCAUCAUCCCGACAGAUCCCACCACCACUGGUCCCCUCUCCUCCGCCGCUAGUACCCUCACCAUACUUACUCAUGCCUCCACCACCAGUUACUUACUCACCACCGCCAUCACCUGUUGUCCCAUCACCUCCGCCCCCCUCACCGCCUCCGCCACCCUCGCCGCCUCCGCCAUCUCCUCCGCCCCCGCUUCUCCCAUCACCGCCGCCUCCCUCACCCCCACCUCCUUCCAUAGACUUCCGUCCGCCACCAUUCCCGUUCAUAUUCCCACCGCCACUGGUUCCCUCUCCACCACCAAUAUUCCCAUGGCUAAUACCACCCCAAUCUCCUGCCGAGACACCGCCGCUCAUCCCACUAUUCCCCCCGCCUCUCUUCCCUUUCCCAGAGCCGCCGGACCUUCUUCUCCCGCCACCACUAGUACCCUUGUUCUCGCCUCCACCAGCGCUCGGAACACCAAUUCUCCCCCUCUUUCCUCCUGAUGAACCAAUAAAUGAUCAGCCCCCAGCUUUCAGUCUGCCGAAUCCGCCGCCUCUUUUUCCCAGCAUCCCUAACAUUCCAGCGGAGCCAUUCCCUUUGUGGUUACCGUCACCAGUGGCCGACAAGGAGUCGCCGCCCUCUCCGUCUUGGCCCGAUCCAUUUGGUCAGCUUCUUCCACCACCAUGGUCUGAUUCUCCACCGUCAAAGGAAUGA